AUGGAUGACGAGUUAAAUAUCACAUACAUAACUCUUAGCGGGUAUGUGGAAGUUAAUAAAUACAGAUAUGUUUAUUUUUUGAUUAUGUUUACUAUAUAUAUUCUAAUAAUCUGCUUUAAUUCUACUAUUGUGUACCUGAUCGUGAUUCACAAGAACCUCCAUGAACCUAUGUACAUUUUCAUUGGGGCUUUGCUUCUGAACUGUGUUCUUUACAGCACUACUAUCUACCCAAAAUUUCUGAUUGAUUUUAUAUCAGAAAAACAGAUUAUAUCUUAUUCAGCCUGCAUCUUUCAGUAUUUUAUAUUUUACUUUUUAGGUAGUUCAGAGUUCUUUCUGUUGUCAGCCAUGGCCUAUGACAGGUAUGUAUCUAUAUGUAAACCUCUGCAAUAUCCAACUAUCAUGACAAAAAACACUGUUGUUGUUUUCCUGGUUUUAGGUUGGUUUAUACCUGCUUGCCAUGUUGCAGUCCUAGCAAUAGUCAGUGCUAAAACUAAACUGUGUAACUUUACUUUAAAGGGAAUAUUUUGCAACAAUUCAAUUUACAGACUUCAAUGUGUAAGAUCAAGUUUCAUUACUACAUAUGGUGUUAUCUCUUUAUUUGAUCUUGCAAUAUUCCCUAUGCUCUUUAUAAUUUUCACCUAUACGAGGAUACUAUUAAUAUCUUAUCGAAGUUGUAAAGAAGUCAGGAAAAAAGCUGCACAGACCUGUUUACCUCACCUGAUGGUUUUAAUCAAUUUCUCCUUGUUGAGUGCAUAUGAUGUAAGUAUAGCUCGAGUGGAAUCCAACUUUUCAAAAACUGCUCGAUUAAUAAUGACUCUACAAAUAGUUUUGUAUCAUCCUUUGUUUAAUCCACUCAUAUAUGGGCUCAAAAUGAAAGAGAUUUCUAAACACCUCAAAAGGUUGUUUUGUCCAGACAAAAUCAUCUGAUGUUUUAACAAAGAUUUUGUAAAGUGCUGUCAUUUCUUCUGAACUAAUCAUGCAGAGAUGUGAAAUCUUGAAUGGUAUUUUAUGUACAUUUGUUUCCAUGACCGUUUACUGUUAAUUAUGGAAACAGUAAAGAGUAUCUUGAAAUUGAACCAUAUAAUAACU